AUGGAAGAAGAAGUCGCAGCCCUCGUCAUUGACAAUGGUUCUGGAAUGUGCAAGGCCGGUUUCGCCGGUGACGAUGCUCCAAGAGCUCUUCCAUUGUCGGUCGUCCCCGUCAUCAUGGGAACUGAUAAGGGAUAUUAUAGUAUUAUGAUUGGUAUGGGUCAAAAGGACUCAUAUGUUGGAGAUGAGGCGCAAUCCAAGCGUGGUAUUCUCACCCUUAGAUACCCAAUUGAGCACGGUGUUGUCACCAACUGGGAUGAUAUGGAGAAGAUCUGGCAUCACACUUUCUACAACGAACUUCGUGUAGCACCAGAGGAGCACCCAGUUUUGCUCACUGAGGCCCCAAUCAACCCAAAGUCCAACAGAGAAAAGAUGACACAAAUUGUCUUUGAGACCUUCAACGCCCCUGCAUUCUACGUCUCUAUUCAAGCCGUCCUCUCCCUUUACGCUUCCGGUCGUACCACCGGUAUCGUUCUCGAUUCCGGUGACGGAGUUACUCACGUUGUUCCAAUUUACGAGGGUUUCUCUCUUCCUCACGCCAUUGCUCGUGUUGAUAUGGCUGGUCGUGAUUUGACUGAUUACCUAAUGAAGAUCUUGGCUGAGCGUGGUUACACUUUCUCCACCACUGCCGAGCGUGAAAUCGUCCGUGAUAUCAAGGAGAAGCUCUGUUAUGUUGCUCUUGACUUUGAGCAAGAAAUCCAAACCGCCAGUCAAUCCUCCAGCUUGGAGAAGUCAUACGAACUUCCUGAUGGACAAGUUAUUACCAUCGGUAACGAGCGUUUCCGUGCUCCAGAAGCUUUGUUCCAACCAUCUGUCUUGGGUCUUGAGAGCGGUGGUAUCCACGUUACUACCUUCAACUCCAUCAUGAAGUGUGAUGUUGACGUUCGUAAGGAUUUGUAUGGUAACAUUGUUAUGUCUGGUGGAACUACUAUGUACCCAGGUAUCUCCGAUCGUAUGCAAAAGGAAAUUACUGCUCUUGCACCAUCAUCGAUGAAGGUCAAGAUCAUUGCACCACCCGAGAGAAAAUACUCCGUCUGGAUCGGUGGUUCUAUUUUGGCAUCUUUGUCCACUUUCCAACAGAUGUGGAUCUCAAAGCAAGAGUACGACGAGUCUGGACCUUCCAUUGUCCACCGCAAGUGUUUCUAA